AUGUCUAGCCGAGCGAAGCGCAAGUUCGACAUCGACCCCAACGCAUCUGACCCCGAGGACUUUGAUUACGACGACUCGGAAAAACGCGCAGCUCCUCAACGGCGCCGUCACAAAGGCACGCCGGGAGCAAAGAAGAAGCCUUCCAAGCGCCAACGACGCGCAUACGGCGGCUCCGACAUUGACGACGACGACGAAAUCGAGUCGGACGGCUCAUUCACCGAGCGCUCAGAGUCCGAGGAGCCCGAAAUCAACCCAGCAACAGGCAGAAGCGUACGCCGCGCCACCAAGAAACAGAUCAAGUACGAGGAGAGCGAGGACGAGAUUGAAGACACGCCAUCAGAGGACGACUCUCCCAAGCCAGCUUCGCGACGCAGAGCCAAGCCGUCUAUUGAACAAGUCGACAAGCCUUCGCUCAUUGUCAAGCUGAAGAUGCCUGAUCACGCACCAGGCCGCAACCUGCGCACUCGCACAGGAAGCAAAUCCCUUGCGCGUGGAAAGACACCAGAAGUACAGGGUACGCGACGUAGUAGUCGUCUCUCGCACGAUGUCGAGGCCCCCAUCGUUGAGCUUUCAGACUCUGGAAGGCAUGUCAAGAUUGUGCGCGAAGGAACGCGCAGUCCUGAGCCCGUCAUCGCGCGCGCGACCCGAGGCGGCAAAGGCCCAAGGCCAACAGAGUACCCCAGUGCCAUCAUGGAAGCCUCACAAGAGACAUCGAUGAUCCGCGACGAGAGUCCUGGCCCGCUCGACGCCAUCCUCGCUGGUGCCGAAACUCAAGUCGAGGCCAGCAAAGAGAGCUCGCCUACGCAAGAAGCCCCGGGAGAUGAUGAUGCCGAGGGCGAGGAUGAAGAUAUGGAAGGCGUCAUCCAGGAGUCUCAGCACGAUGAAGGCGCUGCUGACGAGUCUGACGAGGAAGGCCCGGUUUCGCGCGGCGGCCGGAAUUUGAGGAACCGUGCUGCAUCAGCCAAACGCAAACGAGGUGCCGAUGAGAGCAGUGAUUUCGAACCCCCGGCCGAGGACGAAAAAGAAGAAGAAAUGUCCGAGUCAGACAAGGAAAAGGGCAAGCGCUCCGCAUCCGAAAGCGCCUCUGGUUCAGGACGGCGAUCGAACCGUCUACGAGGAAAGACGCGUCAAUCUGGUCGCAGCAGGCGCAACUCCUCGUCUGAAGAGUCUGGGGUAGAUCAGGAUGAACUACAAGACGAGCUACAAGACCUCGAGUAUAACAAGCGCCGGCGUCUUACGCGACGUAACCCUGACAACGACCUGGCAUAUGAUGCCGCGCCUAAACGUCGUGCCCGCCAGACAGGAGUUGAUUACCGCGUCAUCCGACCAGAGCAAAACGAGAUAUUCGAGAUUGAUGAAGAUGCACCGGCUAUCGACAGAUCUCGGGCACGAGGUGGUCGCUCAGCAUAUAAGAGCCUGUGGCGUAGUCAGGGGCCCUUUGGUGGUGGUGUUGAAGCCGGCAUGGGAGUAGCAGGCGGUGACUCUGACAGCAGCGAUGACGAGAACCAGAAGAUGCCUAAGCCUGUCGGUGGCAUGAUCGGCAUGACUCCCACAACAGCGACGGCCCCCACAUUUGGAUUUCCACAGACUCAUAAUGCAGACGCACAAAAAGACUCUGGUGGGGGUCCUGCAAACCUGGGCAAAGUCAAGGACAAGAAAGCCCUGGCAGAUUCUGACCCUCUUGGAGUUGACCCCAACGUCAAUUUCGAUGGUGUUGGUGGAUUAGACGAUCACAUUAACAAACUUAAGGAGAUGGUGAUGCUUCCAUUGCUAUAUCCCGAGGUGUUUCAGCGCUUUAAGAUCACUCCUCCCCGAGGUGUUUUGUUCCAUGGACCGCCUGGUACAGGAAAAACACUUCUUGCCCGUGCUCUUGCUUCUAGUGUCAGCACACAUGGUCAGAAGGUCACUUUCUACAUGCGCAAAGGCGCUGAUGCCUUGAGCAAAUGGGUUGGAGAAGCUGAACGCCAACUCCGUCUGUUGUUCGAAGAGGCGCGCAAAACCCAGCCUAGUAUCAUCUUCUUCGACGAGAUCGAUGGUCUGGCACCUGUCCGUUCUAGCAAGCAAGAGCAAAUCCACGCGUCAAUAGUGGCAACACUCCUUGCCCUCAUGGACGGUAUGGAUGGUCGUGGCCAAGUCAUCGUGAUAGGCGCCACCAAUCGUCCAGACUCUGUAGACCCUGCCCUCCGGCGUCCAGGUCGUUUCGACCGAGAGUUCUACUUCCCUCUACCGGAUGUUACAGGCCGACGCUCCAUCAUCGACAUUCACACCAAGAAUUGGGAGCCACCUCUCAAGCCGGAGAUGAAGGACCAACUUGCAGAGCUGACCAAGGGUUAUGGAGGUGCCGACAUUCGUGCGCUCUGCACAGAAGCCGCCUUGAAUGCGGUACAAGGAACAUACCCCCAGAUCUACACUUCCGAGAAGAAGCUCUUGAUCGACCCCAGCACCAUCAAGAUUCUCGCUAAAGAUUUCAUGAUCUCAGUCAACAAGAUGGUACCAUCAUCUCAGCGAACAGUGACAGCCAGUGCAGCACCACUAGGCAAGAACAUUGAGCCACUACUGCGCAAGCCCCUUGAUGCAAUCCUGAAGCGGAUAGACGAGCUUAUCCCAAGGCGGAAGAAGCUUACUGCACUCGAAGAAGCUCAAUACGACGACCGCGACGACGAGAAGGGUUUCGAGCGAGAAGCCACAAUGCGCAACUUCGAGAGCAGCAGGAUCUUCAGGCCCCGUUUACUCAUCAGUGGCUUGCAAGGCAUGGGCCAGCAGUAUCUUGGUGCUGCGCUGCUGAGCAAGAUUGAAGGUCUGCAUGUGCAGUCAUUCGAUCUCCCGACUAUCCUGGAAGACUCUACCCGAGCACCCGAAGCGGCGAUCACGCAACUGUUCACUGAGGUCAGGCGGCACAAGCCAAGUGUCAUCUACAUCCCUUCAGUCGAUGUCUGGUACCAGACACUCCCCGCACAGGCCAUCAAGACAUUCAAACUCCUCCUGCGGAGUGUCGGUGCAAACGAGCCAAUUAUGCUGCUGGGUGUCAUGGAAUUGCUCAACGAGAAGGAGAAGCCAGAUCGACAGAUGAUGACUGAUCUCUUCUCGUUCUCACAAACUAAUCAGUUCCACCUCGCUCGACCUGAUCAGGAAGGUCGCUCUGAGUUCUUCAACAACAUCAGCCACUACAUUCGCAUGUCUCCUGCAGACUUCCCCGACCCUGAUAACAGGAAGAAGCGAAUACUUCCGGAACUGGAGGCUGCGCCUAUUGUUGCCCCAGUGGUUGAUCCCAAGGAGCUCGCGGCGCGUGAAAAGUGGCAGAAGAAGCAGGACAGGUUGACGCUCAACAAGAUGAAGAUUGUCAUCCAGCCAAUUAUGGAUCAGUUGAAGAGGAGUCACAGGAAAUUCUUCAAGCCAAUCCUGGAAGAAAGCUGGUAUGCUUAUUUGCUGGAUGAACAGGAUCCCGAGCAUGUCGGGUCAGACUUGCCACGUGAUCAGCAAGAACAACAAGGCCUUGAGCGACCUUGGGAAUUUUCCAAAGACAGCAAAGGUGUAGAUGUUCUGUUGCACGUUGACAGUGGCAACAAGUACUACAACCUGGACCUGGGCACUAUCGAGAAGCGUCUUUCAAACGGUUACUACAAACGCCCUGCCGAUUAUCUUUUUGAUAUCAAGACCUUAGUUAAGGAUGCCCGGACAUUUGGAGACGCCGAACGGACUCUGAAGGGCAACGAGAUGAUAACCAAUGUUGAGGUGGAUUUGGAUAACUUCUUUAUGCACCAAAACCCUGGUCUGCUUCAAGAGUGCGAGGCAGUAUACCAACGCGAACUCGAGAGGGAGCGAAAGGCGCGCGAGAAGCGAGAGAAGGCCAUCGCAGCGAACAAGGACUUCCCUGAUGUUGCACGUGUGCCUCCAGAGCAGUCCAUCGGUACAACAGAGACCUCGGGACCAAUCACUUUGGGCGAGCCUGUGCCCGGCCGUUUGCCUAUGCCACCUGUCACUCCGUUGCGAGCACUUCAUGAGAGCGGUCUAUCUAACGGCACCGUUGGAGAAGGCGCACAGCUCAUAACUAAUGGUUUUGCUGUGCCUUCCAACGAUGAAACACAUAUGACGGACAGCCAGGAUCUGAAUGCCAACACACAGCACGAUUUCCAAUUCCAGACUCCUAGUAGGAUCGAUACACAGGGAACGCAAACGCAAAAGUCGCAGGUCUUGGGUCGCACCUUCAUGGCGCCAAACUCACAUCCCAACGAUUACAACAACAGCGCGUCAACGACCACUUCUGGUCAAAAGACGUCGAACAGGUCUUCAGAAAACAAGUUUGGCACUCAGAGUAGCAACGGUGGUGUGCUACCCGGCAUACCAAACUUCUCAGAGAUGAUGCCCCAACCGAGCGGGUCGCAGCUUCCCGACACACAAGAAGUCACUUAUGGAAGUAGUCAGCCAUCAAAUUCGCAGCCGUCGCAACUUUCGCAGUUGUCGCAGCACGUUACCUCAAUGCCUGCACCUGCACCCCCUCACCACUCGAACCUCAACCAGAUCCUUAACGACGAAGAGCCCAAGCCACAGCUCAUCAUCGACGACGGUCUUGUCACAGACUUGCACGAGAAGCUCGUCCAAUCGACCUCUGGCUGUUCCCUGGAGCAGUUGGAGCAGAUCAACGCUGCACUCAUGGACGCUAUCUGGAAGCACCGCGCAGACUACAAUCGCAACGUUGUCCUGAAAGAAGUCACCGAGGCCUUCAACACCAUCAUCAAAGACAUUCAGACCAUGCAGGAGAUUCUCAAGUCGAGCCAAGAAGAAGAAGAGGCCGAGUUGCGCCGUCAGUAUCACACCUCCACACAAGAUGAUUGGUUUUCGCAGACUCAAGCGCAUCGCUAA